UCCAAAAGCUAAACCUAAAACUAUAAAACAACCACGAAAAAACAAAUUCCCCCCGAAGCUAGUUUAUCUUCAAACAAAUCCAAACGCAAUUAUUCGUUCCAAGAAUGACCUUCAACUUAAAGAGCGAAAUGGUGGGACGCACAACGCAAAAAAAAAAAACUCUUCCUCAAACAAAGCUAUAAAAUAGUCGUCCGAGUUCAUCGCAUAGCUAGAAGAAGGGUAUCAUUUAAUCGCAUUUGAUAAACUGUUGGAUGGACUCGAGAGAAUGAUGGUUGUUAGACUUCAGGGUCUAUGUCACCGAUGUUGCUUGUUUGCUGCGUGAACCGGUUCCAAAGCGCAUCGUACACAAUGCGAGUUCAAGUACAAACUCACGCGCGCAUACACACACACACACACACUCAAAAGCAUCGCGUUGGCGCCUCACCUUUGCGCAAAAAUAGAGGGGGCUCAAGCUAAGCAAAAACUCACCCAACCACGGCCUCUGUAUUUGCACUUAACCGCUGCUGCAUUGGUGCAAUCGUCGUUGCAAUGCAUUAGAAAGUGAAAGCGCGUUUGCAGCGAAGCGUGCAGCGUGCUAGUAGCGCCAAUGCACCGUUGGGCACUGCCAGCUCGUUCAGUUUCCCACUGGCCACCACCGAUCGACGAUGGCUUCUGGUUCGGGCGUCACCGCUACGGCACUGUCCGUGGACAAGUGUCCUUCCCGGUACGAGGCAAACGACAUCAGUCCGCCGGAGUCGCACCGUACGAUCGCCCUCCAGGAGCUGGGCGAAACGGACGUACGACGCGUGGAGUCACUGCGCCUGCUGCGCGAAUGGAUCGCCACCCACCCCCACAUACGCAGAUGUCGCACGGACGCGCUGUUUCUGUUGCGAUUUCUGCGUGCCCGUGCGUACGAUGUGCAGGCCGCACAAACCACGCUCGUGCGCUAUCUCACUAUGCGCCAGCUGUUUCGCAUUUGGUACGAAAAUCUCGACCCAUCCGAUCGGUACAUGCGCGAGCUGGUGGAGAACGUGCGCGGCUGCCUGCCGCUCGGGCUGGACCGGUCCGGCCGCAUGGUGGCUUUGGUGAAAGUUCGCUGCUACGAUGUGGCCCGCUUCAACUGCUACCAUCUCGGCCGGCUGCAGCACAUGCUGUUCGAGGCGUUCUUUGACGAUGUGGAGCUGCAGAUUGCGGGUGGUGUGGCGAUCAUUGACUGCGACGGUGCCACCAUGGGACACUUUGUCUGCUUCAAGCUGUCCGACAUCCGGAACUUCAUGGACUGUCUCGUGCACGCGCUGCCGGUGCGGGUGAAAGAGGUGCACAUUGUGCGGCUGCCCCGCAUCGGCCAGGCGCUGGGCAAUCUGGUACUGAGCUUUGCCGCCGAAGAGCUGCGCAAGCGUAUUUUCUUCCACGCCAGCAUGGAUGAGGUGCUGAAGUGUGUCGACCAGGACCUGCUGCCGGUGGAGUACGGUGGCAAGUCGUGCCCGGAAGAGAUCACGGACAACUUAAAGCGACGGUUGGCGGACAAACGGGACACGCUGCUGCUACUCGAUCGGAUGGAAAUCGAGGUGGAACCGUACGCUCAUCUUUGGCGUCAGUCGGAUGAAGGGGAUGUGGAGUUUGGGAUGGAGAUUGAUUAAUCUAACGGAUUCGAUGCUUCAUAGCUACGUAAAUACUCUACUCAUACACAACAGAGAACUGAGCUGCUGAGAUUGAAAGAUAAUUGGAUUACAUAAGGUAUCGUGUGUUAGUACACGCGGUACUAUUCCGGUACUACUGAUAAAUUAAUUAUUCAAAGGUGAUGAUGUAUCUAGAAUCAUCACAAACACAAACUCACAAUGCUACAUGUAUUUGAUCGUAUCUGCGCAUGUAGGGUACGUGUGCAUGUACCCAUUGAUUACCUGUUGGAUGGGAUAGAUAUGUUGGUUAGGUCAUCGUGGGAUAGUUGAUUAACCUGAGGCAUUUUGCUGUCGUUUAAGUUGGAAUAGCGAAAGCUAUAUGGUAUAAUAGACGUUUUUACUAAGUAAUUAUACUACAGUAUGGAACAUCCCAAUCACUUUGUGUGUAUUUUGUGUGAUUUACACCGCUUUUGAGACACGAAUCUGAAUAUGUAAUAUGCUAUCAAAUAAAAAGUGCACCACACAAUGUUCAA